GCGCUGUUUUACUACUAGCGCAGAUUCGCAGGUUGCCUGACGCGUAUGGUUUCUUCGUUCUCGCUGUUGGCCUCUCCCCGCGAAGCACCGCGUGACUCGACAGCGCCGGCGGCAAGGGAAUAAGCCCGUCAAAUCUUCGGUUUGGGGCGAUGGAGAAGAUGAAGGGGUUGCUGAAGCCGAGGGCAACGCCGCAGCAGCAGCUGCGCGAGUGGCAGCGCCGCCUCCGCAACGAGUGCCGCGUCCUCGACCGCCAGAUCCGAGAUGUGCAGAGGGAGGAGAAGAAUGUAGAGAAAGCCAUCAGGGAGGCUGCUAAGCGCAACGACAUGGGAUCCGCAAAGGCUCUUGCGAAGGAACUUGUGAGAUCAAGACGGGCUGUUAAUCGUCUUUAUGAAAACAAAGCUCAACUAAAUUCUGUAUCAAUGCAUCUUGGAGAAAUUGUUGCAACUGCAAGAACAGUAGGUCAUUUGUCAAAAAGUGCUGAAGUUAUGAAAAUUGUUAAUAAUCUAAUGAAAGCUCCAGAAUUGGCUACCACGAUGCAAGAAUUUAGCAAAGAAAUGACGAAGGCAGGUGUAAUGGAAGAGAUGAUGAAUGAUGCAGUUGAUUCAGCUUUGGACUCUGAGGACAUGGAAGAGGAAAUUGAAGAGGAGGUUGACAAGGUUCUUGCCUCAGUGGCAGGGGAAACUGCCUCACAGCUACCAGAUGCUGCCAGGACACCUAAGGUUAAGCAAGCAUCAACGAGCAGGGUUCCAGAAGAGCGUCAAGCUGUUGCCGAGGGUGCUGAUGACGAUGAGGAGGAUCUGGAGGAGAUCAGGGCACGACUUGCUAAAGUGAGGUCUUAAACUAGGGGAGUUCAUAGCUUUCGACAUAACACCAGACCCUUCUAUGCAUUGGGUUGAUAACAGUGUAGAUUUUUCUCACUUGAAUCCUUUUUGAACCAGCAAUGUGUUGUUGUAUAGUAUAUAUAAGGCUGUGUGACGGUGAAAAUAUGCGUGGUUCUUGAUUUGUCUCUCGUCUGAUAGAGUACAUAGCAUUGGUUCACACAAAAAUUGAAUAAUCUCCCAUUGAAUAAUGCUACUGGUGGCUCUAUCAACUCAAGUAUGUUAUGUGUACAGAAACUGUACACACAA